AUGGGAAAGGGUUUCGAAAAUUAUAUGUCCAAGAAAUGGUUUCACCCGACGAAUUUGGGUAAUAUGAGACGUAAAUAUAUGGCUGAACAGAAAUCAGCGAAUGAAAAGCGUCGACAACAAGAACUACGUGAACAAUAUGAACGGGAACAAGAAACUUUCUCGAACAAACAGUUGAUGGGCGAUGAAAAGGCUCGUUUGGGUUUGUCAUUCAUGUACAAUCCACCGGCCGGUAUCGCUAAACAAGAAGAACCACAACAAGAUCGAGAACUUCGACGAGAAGAUGGUACAUUAAUUAUUAAUAAGGACGAACCGAAAUUCGAAUGGCAAAGAAAAUACAACGCACCAAGAGAAUCGUGGGCGAAAAACGAUGACAAAAUCCGGGAUCAACCAUUUGGUAUUGAAGUUCGAAACGUUCACUGUUUGAAAUGUCGAAAAUGGGGUCACAUCAACACGGAUAAAAUCUGUCCUUUAUAUGGCAAAUCUCGUUUAUUGAACGAUACAACUGAUCCAAUCACACAAUUAGCGAUGACACAAAAUAUGCGAUCGACAAGCGACUUAAUCGAUGAUUUACAAAGUAAAGGUUUAGCUAUGCGACGCAACGGUGCGGAGCAUAUGAUGGUCCAUCAAGAUAUCGACCUUCCAGCUAGUAACAAAUCAGAUGAGUUGAAGAUGGAACUCAACUUUCUGAAGCAACUACCCAAACAAACGAAGCAUAGUCUCUAUAAGCGAUUGAAACAUUUGCACAAACACGGAGCAUUGAAAGUGUAA